UCUAAUUGUUUAGCCAAAUUUCUGUCCCAAAUAUGGUCUAUACAAUUCCUUCUUAACUUAAUUCUAUGUUUUAGAUUUUUGAGUUCUAAUGAUAUCACGGAAAUCAAGACAGACACCUUCCGAAAUCUGUCCAGUUUAACAGAUCUGAAUUUGAGCGGUAAUGAUAUCAAGAAAAUUGACGGAGAAAUAUUCCGAAAUCUUUCCAGUUUAACAAGUCUGAAUCUGGGUGCCAUUGGUUUGAAGAAAAUCAAGCCAGAAAUAUUCAAAUAUCUUUCCAGCUUAAAAACUCUAUAUCUGCGUGACAAUAACAUCACGAAUAUUCAACGUGGUAACUUCGGAUAUCUUCCGAAUUUAGAAAAACUAUAUUUGAAUAAAAACAAUAUCAAAAAGAUUCAAGAAGGAAGCUUCGGGAGCUUUACCCAUUUAAAAUAUCUAUAUCUGCCUGACAAUAACAUCACAUAUAUUCAACGGGGUAUCUUCGAAAAUCUUCCAAAUUUACAAAAAUUAUUCUUGCACAACAGCCAAAUAAAAACCUACGAGGAUGGCGCGUUCUUAUUCCUUCCCAGUGUAAAUUACUUUGACCUCAGAGGCAAUAAGGACAUGAUGUGUGAAUGUCACUUGCCAGCCAUCGUAAAUUAUACAAAGAAAAUAUUGAAAAAAAAUGUAUAUGUGCUAGGCGACUGCCUGAUAGAUUUAGGCAAAGUAAUACGUAUAAUGAAAUAUACGCAAUGUCAAAAUUACUCGUUAUUUCAACGGAAUUUGCAGUGUCAAACAUGUUCAGGGAUGAAGUGCAAGGACCCAGAAGUGACAAACUGUACAGCCGAUGAGCCUGUAUGUGAAAGUAAGUUUUCCAUGAAUGGUGCUACAGUGAAAUAUGAAAAAUCCUGCAGCACAUACAGAAAAUGUCUUGAAGCUUUGAGAAACAAUACUUUUACAUGCAACAAACAGACCAGCAACAUCUCUUGUGUUACUUGUUGCACUGGAAACUUAUGCAACAAGAACGAUCUCAUUGAAAAUGCUGAGUGGGGUUUAGCAAUACUCCUCAAUAUUUCACAGAAAUCAGUGUAUCUCAAAGCAGAAGAUAUUGACUUGGCUGUAGACACUCAUGAGAAAAUAGUGCCAUUGAUACCGAACGUGCCCGCCAAUAUAACAGUGAACACUAUACUUCCUAGUAUCAACGAUAUGAUAAACACACCGGAAGAGGUUUUGCUUGAAGCAGGACAGUCAGAAAGAACUGGGAAAAGAAUACUGGACAUUGUAGAAGCAAUCCAAGAAAAGAUUCCACUGGAAGGGCAGCAGCUCACAGUUGUAUAUUCUAAUCUUGGUAUAGGUGCUAUGAAAGUGGAGAAGGACAGUUUCAAUGGUGCUUUCUAUGGUGUUUCAUUUGGAAAUAAUAAAGAUGAAGCUAAGACAAUGGUACAAUACUUUCUCAUGAUUACUCUCAUUAACCGUUUGUUCUAAACACUAAAGUUAAUA